UGUGUGUGAUGCUGGGAGGCUGAGUGUGUGUCAGUACAGUUGGUCAGGUGGAGUGUGAGUGAGUGGUGAGGAGCAGGUUCUACAGGAAACCACUGGACUCUUGCACAGCUACAGGAUGAGGCUGCUCAGCAUCGGAACCCGGCCUCGAAGGGCUGCAGAACCCUCUGAACCAGAAUCAGAGGAAGGACCAGAGCCCACCAAGCACGAGCACUCAGAACACCAUCCAGAACACCAUCCAGACCACCCAGAACACAACCCAGAACACAACCCAGAACACCACCAUGACUACAAACACAUGAAGGACAAGUUCCUCAACGAAAUCACCCACCUGCCAAUGCCCAUGUGGGCGGUGGGGGCCAUCGUGGUGGUGGUGAUACUGCUGGUGGCCUGCUGCAUCUUCUGUGUCUUCAAGAAGUGCUUUGCCAAGAAGAAGAAGCCCAAGAAGGAGAGAGUUUCCAAGGGUGGACGGAGACGGAAGGCCAAGGAAGGAGAUGGAGAGGGAGGGGAGAAGGAGGGGGAGGACAAGAAGGAGGGAGGGGAGGAGGAGAAAGAGCAGGAGAAGCUGGGUAGACUGGAGUUCUCCCUGGACUACAACUUCACAGACGCACAGCUCAUCGUGGGGAUACUUCAGGCCCAGGACCUGGCCGCUAUGGAUAUGGGGGGGACGUCAGACCCCUAUGUCAAGGUUUUCCUGUUACCAGACAAAAAGAAGAAGUUUGAAACCAAGGUCCAGCGCAAGAACCUGUGUCCAGUCUUCAACGAGACCUUCAUCUUCAAGAUCCCGUACGCAGAGCUUGGAGGGAAGACCCUGGUUCUGCAGGUGUUUGACUUCGACCGCUUUUCCAAACAUGACAUCAUCGGGGAGAUCAAGAUCCCCAUGAACAGUGUGGACCUGGGUCAGCCCCUGCAGACCUGGAGAGACGUGGAGAGUGGAGAGAAGGAGGAGCAAGAGCUGCUGGGAGACAUCUGCAUCUCUCUGCGAUACGUUCCCACUGCCGGGAAACUGACCGUCAACAUCAUGGAGGCCAAGAACCUGAAGAAGAUGGACGUGGGAGGACUAUCAGACCCCUUCGUGAAGAUUGUCCUUCAGCAGAACGGGAAGAGGAUCAAGAAGAAGAAGACAACGGUGAAGAAGAACACCCUGAACCCCUACUUCAACGAGAGCUUCAGCUUUGAUGUUCCCUUCGAGCAGAUCCAGAAAGUGCAGGUGGUGAUCACCGUGUUUGAUUACGACAAGCUAGGCAGCAACGACCCCAUCGGCAAGAGCUUCAUGGGCUACGGGGCGACUGGUGUGGGACUCCGCCACUGGUCCGAGAUGCUAGCGAACCCGCGCCGCCCCGUAGCGCAGUGGCACACGCUGCUGCCAGAGGAGGAGGUGGAGGCAGCGCUGAAGGCUAAACCCCGCUAGCAGUAGUGUUUGUUGUUUAAACAUGUUGUGGGUAAGAUUUAUGAGUUGCAAAGAGAGUCGUAAUUCCGAAAGAGAAUUUUUAACUCCCAAAUGUUGAAGUGGAUCGGCCAUUCACUGGCGCAUGUGAUUGAAAGGUCUAAGUCUCAAUUAUCUCGUCGAGAGGCCGCCACGCAGUCAACCAGGAGAGAUUUUCUGACGGAGCACUUCACACAAAUCUGAUGGAAGGUUUUGGUAUUUCUGAGAAAUUGCACUCAAAUUAAGAGCUCUUAAAUCUUACCUAAAGUAACAUAAAAUACAUGUUUUUGUGUUCAGAUCAUCAUUACUCUAUGAUGAGCAUCAGUAUAAUUUCUGUUAAUUAUGGCAUUUUACAACCACCCUAGUCCUGUCUUCCGUGUUUACAUGUUCUGUUGCCAUAUUCUGUUUUAUUCUAUUUUAGUUUGUUUAAGUGUGUGUGUGUGUGUGUGUGUGUGUGUGUGUGUGUGUGUGUGUGUGUGUGUGUGUGUGUGUGU